UUCUAUGUUCACACACUACAUGUUGAAUUCAAGAACCUUGGAGGAAACUCCCCUUUCCAUCACCACAAGAUAUAAAUAAAGACCCUUAUGUGCAGUAUUAUAUAUAAAGACAUAAGAGAGGCCUCUGAUCUUACAAUCUCUUAUCAAACAAUCUGAUCAAUCUCUCACACCCUCUUUCACCUUCAAUAUACUUCACCCGUCAAAUUCAAACAUGAAGCAACAAAGCAACUCCAUUUUCAUUUUGGGAUCCAUUCUCAUUUUGCUUCUUUUCUGGCAAACAACAUCAGUCAAAGCUCAAGAAGUUGAGGAUGAGAAAGAGUUUGAUUAUGCCAAAGGAAGCGAAAAGGGUCCGGAGCGAUGGGGAGAGAUAAAGGAAGAAUGGGCAGCUGGUAAGCAUGGAGAAAUGCAGUCUCCAAUCGAUAUGGUGAAUAGGAGGGUGAAAAUAAUCAGAAAAUCAAGGGUGUUAGUGAGUAAUUACAAGCCUUCCAAUGCAACUGUCAAGAACAGAGGCCAUGAUAUAUCGGUUCAAUGGACUGUUGGUGAAGCUGGAUCAAUUAAGAUCAAUGGCACAGAGUACCUACUCCAACAAGGCCACUGGCACUCCCCUUCAAAGCACUCCAUCAAUGGCAGAAGGUAUGCCAUGGAACUGCACUUGGUACAUGUAAGCCCACAAGAGAACGGAGAGGAUAAGAUUGCUGUUAUUGGGGUCCUCUACAGGAUUGGUCGGCCUGACUCUUUUCUAUCUCAGUUGACGAGGAAUAUAUCAGAUAUGAUUGAUAAGAAGGAAGAGAGACACUCUGGGGUGAUUGAUCCAAGAGAAAUUAAAAUGGGUGGCAAAAGAUAUUACAGAUACAUGGGAUCACUCACUGUUCCUCCAUGCACUGAAGGUGUUGUUUGGACCAUUAAUAAAAAGGUGAUGACUGUUUCAAGAGAACAAGUGAAGUUACUCAGAGAGGCUGUUCAUGAUUAUGCAGAGGAAAAUGCAAGACCACUACAACCACUCCACGAUCGAGAGAUCUACCUCUAUAAGCGCCCAUAGUUUCUAAUAGAAAGCAUAAAUACAAGUAAUUGAUGAAGACAAAGAGUUAUUAAUACACAUUAUUGUUAACAUCCACCUUUCAUUUGUUAUUUUUUAUUUUUAUAUUUCUAGCUGGAGGGCAUGAAUACAUAGAACAAGACUCGAAUGGACAUUUUUGUUGUGAACUCUAUCCAUGCAUUAUCAUUCUUUCUCAUUUUAAUAAAAACAUUUUGGUGCUUUAUUUAGCCGUGUUAUCCAACUUGUGCUAUUAAUCAUAUUUACAUUAUAGAUUUAGUGGGCAUUAACAAAAAAUUAAGUUUAGAUAUGCCUUUGCAUAACAAAUCGAGUUUCAACAAGCCAAAUCCUAUUGUAAUUUUCUGCUGAUACUAUACCAAUCUGAUAAAAGUCACUAAUUCGGCCCCCUAUUUUGUGGCACUUACUAGUUAGUUUUUCGAAAAUGUUUGUUUGGCAACGUUUUAAUUGAUUAAGCUCUAGUCUUGUAACUAAAGAGAUAUGAUAAAAAGAAUUUAUUUUUUAUUUUUUUGUUUUUUUGUGAAGAAGGCAAUUCCCAGUCUAACGUUAGCAUUGCUUGUUCUAAAAUAUUGAAUAGAAAAGAAAAAAAAAAAGUAUUAAACUUAGGCCGAGAUCAACCAUUUAUUUUUAAAGAAAUGAGUUUGGUUGAAUUUUUGGACUAGGAACUAAUUGCCCUUCAGUUAUCUUAAAAAUGUAGGGACCAAUCGAGAUAAAGAUUACAACUCAUCUAAUGGCAGAGAAAUGAAGGGCAGGAGGAAGCAUAUGUGACCAUCUUAUAAUCACUUCAAAAAUACUCGAUUUUGUAAUGAGGAUUUUUUUUAAAGAUCCUUAAUAUUAAGAUUUUAUAAGAUAAAUGACAUACAAUACUUUCAAAGUA